CUUGACUAUCUCUUGCACGAUUAUAAUAAUCGUGGGGCGGAGCUGUUUAACUCGUUUGAUGCUCUUUGGACAAUAUUCAUAGCCGCAGCAGCGGAUCAGAAUACUGGUCAAAAGUAUUGCAUUAUCGAUGCGCUAGAUGAAUGCGAUCUAGAAUCGCAAGAGAUUCUAUUACAACAGUUUCACGAAACCUUUUUGAGCCAGGAUGCUCCAUCAAAUAUCCGGAUAUUAGUCACCAGUCGGCCAUAUUCUAAGAUCCGCGAAUACUUGGAAGAAUUCACAAACAAGAACCUAGCAUCCUUUUCCCAAGCAAAGCAAGACGUUGAUCGGUGUAUCAAGGAAAGAGUAGCAGAUCUUGCCAAGAAAAAAAAGUACACAGACAAGGUUAAACAGCAAGUCAGCGACAUCCUUAGAGAGAAAGCCGAAGGUACUUUUCUCUGGGUUGGCUUAGCAUGCGAGGAGCUGAAGGAUGUCCCUUCAAAGAACGCUAUUCAAGUCUUACAAACCAUGCCUAAAGGACUUUAUUCACUCUAUGAGAGGCUCCUCGAUACAGCUCUUGAACAGGACAUGACUGAAGCUGACAUAGUCCGACACAUCCUAAGCUUAGUUGCCGUUUCUGUGCGGCCGCUAAGCGUGUUAGAGCUAUGUGAAGCUUGCCAACUAUACCAAGACGAAGAGGAUAUAGAUACACGAAUCCGGUUUACACGAGAUCAAGUUGCAUCCUGCCGUCUCAUCAUCAUCAUCGAAGGUGGAAAAGUGCUCUUACUACAUCAGUCCGUGAAAGACUAUUUAGUUAGAGCUGACCCUAGUUCCUUUAUCAAUGAGCUCGAAGCUCAUGCCAAUAUUGCCUAUCGCUGUGUCAAUAUUCUUAUCGAACAGCUCUAUAGCAAGGAACAGUCACAUGUCCACUUCUUGUCUUACGCAACUGAAGAAUGGGUCAACCACGCGCGUAUGGCACAGUCAAGAUUUGAAGUUAGAGACUCGGAAGCUGAGUUCUUUAGAGUCAAUUCGCCUAGUCGGGAGUACUGGAUAGAG